AUGAAUAUUAUUUUUAUAAUGAUUACUUGUGAUUCAUAAAAUGCAUGUCUUACUGCACUAAUCUUCGGAUAAAUUUUAAAUGGGGUCUAUUACUCUCUUUAUGCUGCAGUUAUGUGGCCUUGUGUUCCUUUAUGUGUGCCAGAAAGAGCUGCUGGAACAGCAUUUGGAGUUGUAAAUGCUGUUUAGAAUAUUGGAUUAACAGUAUUUCCAGUUAUUGUAGGCCAUUUAAUAUCAGAUGAAACUUCAUAGACAUAUGUUAUUAUUUUAGGCAGCAGUGCUAUUAUUGGAUUAAUUAGUAAUAUUGGAUUAUGGUUUGUUGAUAAACAAAAUGGGAGUAAAAUAGCCAAGACUAGUCUCAAAGAUAAUUCUUAAGUUUAAGAUUUAAAUUGCAACAGGAAUAUGAUUAUCCAAUUUCUGAACCUAAACUAGAGUGAAAUAUUUUAUAAUACAUAAUUUAUAAAUUAUAACUCAAAUAUUCCUUAAUGA